AUGCGUGUUGCUGAGACAGGUGGAGUCUCUUUCGGCAUCAAAGAGGCAUCUCGCCAAUACGGGCCUCCAACAAGCAGCCGGGAUGAUGCGGAGCCUCAAGGUGUCUUUACCAUUGGCUCCGCGAGCUCAUCACGCAGCAGGGAAUUGCCGCAGCAAGUGCAGGACCUUGCUGCACAAGGCAUGUGUUACACAGAGGCCAGGCGAAAGAGAGCUGCCCGCUGCAGGCACGCAUGCAGCAUGCGCAUCAAUGUGGACAUGAGGUCGCUGUUCGCAAGCCGUGGAAACGCAUGUCGGUUGGGCGAUUGCGCAGCUGCAGCUUCAAAUUGCUGCCAAGCAGCCCUGGUGCGAGUAGCCAUGGAGGCUGACGGGUGCCUAAAUGCUGGCACAUCCGUCCGAGCAUAUUAUGACAUGAACGAUCACCCUAUGGGGUAUCGCUAUGUGAAAAUGCUGGAGAUGCCCAGAGAUGGCCCUGCAGAUGCGUCCGAUCCUCCUGUCGUUGGGGUGUCUCAAGGAUGGAUUCCUGCAACAGUGGUCGAGGACUACGAUCCGAAGCAGAAUGGGGGAGCUGGGGUCCUCGUGAAGCUCCACGGCUUCUUUGAAGAUGCUUACCGAGAGGAAAAGCCUGUGAGUGGAAUGAUGUGGAAAGUUCAACCCAACUUGAUCUGCUUGAGAAGUUCCCCUCCUGUGAAAAUCCAGCUUUCCCUCGUCGUGGUUCGCUGGAAGGAAUACUACACAAGGACGACCACCUCCAGGUCGCAUAAUAUUCUGAACGAGGGUUUGAUCCGAGAUCUGCUCGCUGGGGAGGCUUCCUGCAAGGAGGUCUUCGGCAAUAGCGGGGCAUACGAGGUCAUCUCCGUCUUUGCAUCCGCAGGUCGUCACCUAGAUGCAGUGCCACGGGAACUCCUGGCCUCAAGCCUGCGAGGAUCCAGAAAAGCUGCUCUCUUCUUUCUGUGGCCGACUCUGAAGAAGGGCUCUGGGGAGCAAGGCCAUGUGGAUGCCGACGCCAUGAAGAGUCUUAUGACCGGCCUGGAAGGCCUUGGGGUGAAGACUUGCUGGCCGCAUCCGUGGUCGCUUUAUGAAGAUCUUGUGAGCAAGCAAUGGGCUCCGCGUGAUUGCUCCCGCCUGGAGCUGCGAAUUCCUCCCACGACUUCCGUUUCCCGUAAGUCCUUGAAUGACAUAGGAGUUAAAGCAGUUGCCUCUUCGGCCAUCGCGGAGCUGCAGCGGCUCAGCAAAGAGCGGGGUCGGACGCCAUUGUCCCAGGAGCAGUACCGAGGCGUUGCGAAGCUCACAUACUCCUGGAUGGGGGUUGCGGUUCUCCCCUUCGUUGGUGAGGAAAGCUUGCAGCGAGCUCUGGAGAAGCUUCUUGAUGGAAUGCCUGACCAUGCUCAGUGCUUGGUGCAGGAGCGUGUCGAAGGAGUUCGCUGCGAACUGCGUGCCUUCUGCUGCAGGGAUUUGGCCGCUUCGGAUUCCUAUGCUAUGGAGUUGCUGCGCAUGCAGCUGAAGCCACCACAGCAUGGCGAGUGGGACGCUUCCUUUGCGCUGACCAGCCAUAAGACCUUGACGAAGGAAGAGCUUGUGAUGCAGAAGUUCUCUGGAGAUAGGAAGACCGUGGAUCAAAUCGAGGAGGAAGUCCGCCGAACAGCCUUUACUUGGCUUGAGCACUUCAAACUCAAGGGGUGUGCGCCGCAUGUCAUCCGGAUGGACUUCUUGGUCUCUGUUCCUCCCAGUAAGCCUUCGACUGACUUUGAGGUGCACAUCUGCGAACUCACAGAGUGUGGGGGUGCGACAUGUGGCCUCCAUGUCUGUACCCGGACAGCAGCAACACUGAACGAAUGCAUGGAUGGACAUGAAGGUGCUGAUUUCCCAAAGCCAUUGCCCCCCUUCCGAUUAGAAAUUCAAAGAACUCAGCUCCGCCCAGAGCCGGCAAGGGCGAGCACAGUGAGUAGAAGUCGCCACGAGCGCAGUGACGGCAACGUGCAGAGCAUGCAGAGGGUGGAGAAUACUCCGAGUGACCGUCCUCCACCUCGACGACGCUUGGAACUCUUUGCUGCUUUGCUGGCAGUGGCCCUGCUGCUUUGGCAGCGAAAGAUCCGCACAACUCAGCUGAAGAGACUGUUGGCGCUCCCACCAAUCGGCCUUUUCGCAGCUGGUGCAGCUGCCGUUUACAUUGUCCGCAAUGCACCUGCAGAUUUGGCUGACAUCGACGAGAAUAUUGAGGCUGAAGUCGUCGGAGAUGCCCCAGGACGGGACGGCUUUGAGCCGGCCACCAGCAGUAGGCUACCUCGUGAAAACCCAACAGUUCUCCAGAGCGAGGGCGGGAGGUCUCCAAAGCCUUCAUCCAGUCCGAAGUCUGGCGGCAGUCGACGAAUGUCGCAAGACGAACAGACGUCAAUGCAUGCAGCGGCUGACGAAGCCCUUCUGCGAGCAAUCGCGCAGGCAAGUGCCGGACUGUCGAUGGACGCGAGCUGCCUGGAGGAAAAUGAGAGCGUCCAGGAAGGGCUGCCGAGUGUCUCCGUGUCGAAGCUCCCGAGCGCCGUGACAGUGGCAGGGGUACCCGUCGCCACAACCGGGGACUUGGUGUACCUUGGAGGAGGGCUGUACGCUGCUGCUCCGGCUGAAAAGCCGGCCAAGAAGCAGAGUGCGGCGCCGGCUCGACCAAGACCUCGAAAGCCGCCUUCGGCCAUCAGAAGUGCAAGCGCGCACAUCGUGGGCAACGGAGCACGUGCUGACGGCGAUAGUUCACCACAAUCGAGAGCCCAGAGCGAAGGGCAGAUUGGCGUUGGCAACUUGAACCCUGACGGUCGAGGAUCUUCGCGGCAUGGAAGCGUCUCCGGCAGUACAAGCGUGGGUAGCGCGGCGGGUGUUCGCAUAUGGCGUCCAUCAGGUGUCCAGAAGCUACCACCUGCAAAACUGGAGCCACCGUCAGGAUUUGGUGGGCGAGCAAGUCGCCUAACUGCGGAGGACAUUGGCAAGAUGCCCGGAGACCAUUCGGAGGACCGUGCAAGCAACCGAAGAAUACAUGGGAAAGAGGGUGUGCUGCUCUUUGGCCCGAAUGGGGUACUCGCACACAUGCGCGAUCCGGAGCAUCGCCAUCAGGCCAUGCUUCCGCCGUCUGGACCUCCUCAAGGAAUCGAACGACGACUGGAGGAGCGGAAAGCAGCAAAGCAAGCCAGAACAAACGAGAUCCUCGAGGAAAAGGCUCUCCGUGAAGCCACGGAGGCAGCGAUCAGCAUGCAGAAGCGUCAAAAUUUGGCUGCCAUGGCACGGAAUGCUUCGACCCCGGAAAUGUCGGAGGAUCUCGACAGAAAGAGAACCCGCCUGGCAUGCAAGAUGGACAUCUUGGACUUCUUCCGAGGGUACCGGAAGGCCGUGCACAAACUCACAGCAGAUCAGCAAAAGGUCCUGCAGGCCAACCUUCAUGGUAGCGCUCUUGCACAGGCUGAAAUGGGGAACACUCCAUCGGGUGAGUACGGCGACUACGACAUGGCCACAAAGAGCAUCGAGGAUCGCCUCCGGAAGGUGAACGACAUCUGCAGCCAAGCGUUUGCAGAACCUUCGCAAAGGUCUGAACAGCCGAGCGGGGAAGCGUAUUGA